AUGGUCUCUAACCGUGAGCUCAAUGACCGCAAGCCGGACGGCUGCGACACCGUCCUCUUCGACAGAAUGUAUUGGAGGACAGGCAAUUCCUGCAUGAAGCGAACCCUCCGCAGGCAUGAAUGGCAAACAACCACGCGAGGCAACCUCUACGUACCUCCGACGACUUUCCCACAGCGAUGGAAAACUGAUGCCGCCACCUUGGAAUAUCUAUCUAGCAAGACCGAUAUACCCCUUCCCCGCCUCCAAUGCACCUUUGAAGAUUAUGGAGCGUUCUACCAUUUGACGGAGUACGUACCUGGUGUUUCCAUGCGAGACCUCGCAGAACCCGACAAAGAAGUAGUCAAAGUCGAGCUUCUCAAGCACAUUGAAACCUUGCGAAGCUUGCACUCGGAUAAGCCUGGAGUCCCCGGGCAAGAGUUGCUUUACCCUCCUCUUCGCGUACAUGCCGGCCAAUGGAAGGUCAAUAGCUGCUGGAAACCCAGAGCCGAUAUACCACAAGAGGACUAUGUCUUUUGCCACAACGAUCUUGAACAGCAUAAUAUCAUUGUUGACCCUACAACCCUCAAAAUCAACGCGAUUAUUGACUGGGAGUAUGCGGGUUUCUGGCCGAAGUGGUUUGAAGUUGAAUUCUGGAAACGAGCCGGACCUAGCGUUGCGCUGAACGACGAGAUUGAUGAUCUGGAGCGCUGUCGGGAAUGGCUUUUGGAAAAUUGUGAGGAAGUGGUGAUGCCCCCUCUACAAUAA